ACACCUGAUUCCACUCUGUCCAGCGUCGUUGUUUUGCAUUCCCUCUCCAGUAUGAAACACCAACACCAGCACAACCCAGUGUGGGCUAUUCCACCUCGCUGCACUGGCCUGGCUAUAGGGAGCAUUCAACCAGGUGCUCCCGCCUGUCCAGUGCUGCCAGACGUCUGUCCUGAGCUGCCGGAAUCUCCCUCCUAUCCUGAGCUGCCGGAGUCUCCCGCCUGUCCUGAGCUGCCGGAGUCUCCCGCCUGUCCUGAGCUGCCGGAGUCUCCCGCCUGUCCUGAGCUGCCGGAGUCUCCCGCCUGUCCUGAGCUGCCGGAGUCUCCCGCCUGUCCUGAGCUGCCGGAGUCUCCCGCCUGUCCUGAGCUGCCAGAGUCUCCCGCCUGUCCUGAGCUGCCGGAGUCCCCCCCACGCGCCCCAUUCCCUCGGCCAGUUUGUGAUCAGUUGGCUGCCAGACGAGGCUCCGCUGAUAGCCAGGUGUAGCGGUGGUAAGGAUUCACUCCAUGAGAAGAAAGCUCUGCUGUUGGGACAGCUUUAUGUAGGCCCUAACAGUUUGUGGGCACCGGUUGUCACCGUUACAGUGGAAUUAAUGUAUUGUUUAGUGUUGUGUUGUGGCUUUGCUGGCAUACAUCUAAAAAAGCAUGUUGAUUUUCCCCCACCAAGAUUUACAAGCUAAAAUCGCCACUGGAAACAAGGCAACUAAAAGCAACUUUCUAAACAAUGUUUUGGUUUGUUUCUGUCAGAUUUCCUCCUCUUCCUCUGAAGAGGUGAAACAAGAAUCAGACCAAUAUGCGGCAUGUUAAGUGUCCAUGGUAUUUAAUAUGAAAACUCAACAUGAACACAAAUAAAAAACCAACAACGUGAAUUGUCAAUGAAACAGUCCCGAGUGGCACAAACACUGACACAGGAAACAAUCACCCACAAAACACAAAACAGGCUACCUAAAUAUGGUUCCCAAUCAGAGACAAUGACUAACACCUGCCUCUGAUUGAGAACCAUAUCAGGACAAACAUAGUAAUAGACAAACUAGACAUACAACAUAGAAUGCCCACUCAGAUCACAUCCUGACCAACACUAAAACAAAGAAAACACAAAAGAACUAUGGUCAGAACGUGACAGUUUCUAGCUUGUUAGCUAGCUAACGUUAGCUGCCUGGCCAGUUCAAAUAAUGACCAUAUCAUAGAUGACAACAUCUUAACUUAAGAUAAUUAUUACAGGAAGUUAAUGGUGAGUUAAUGACAGAGUGUGAUGGAAUAAAAGCAGGGCAAUCUAUCUGAGAAUGUUAGAACUUGGGCACUGUCUCGUUGCUGGCUCAGUCAGGUAACCAUGACCAGAACUUUUAUUCUUCUGUCUGCCACAAGGAAACUGACAGUUGCAGCGACGGUCUACAGAUAUUCCAUUUGCGUAUAAAUUAAAAGUGGUUUUGACCAGAAACACUUGUCGCAUUCUAAUUGUCUACAGACAUGUCGAUAGACAAAGUAUAAACCAGCCUUUAGAGUUACAUCUAGGGCUGAUACGGUGGCCGUAUUACCGCCACACCAGCGGUCACGAGUCAUGACUGCAGUCAAAUUACAAGUGACCGUUUAACCAAGGUAACUAGGCAUCUCCAAGCUCUGGCACUGUUGUCGGUCAUUAGUAGCCUACCAAACCUGCUAACUGCCUGGUAAUCAGCACUCUAUUGUCUCUCUAAUCACUCUGACAUCAACAAAAAUGUAAUUGAAAAUGUAAUCAAACACUUCAUGAGAGCCCAUGAGCUCAUGUUGCGCAACAUUUCUAUAGGCUAUGCAAUUGCGAGAGAAAACAGAGUUUUGAUGAUCCCAUCUGCUUUCUAUAGGCUAGGCCUACUAUAUUUAUUUCUCAACUUCCCUAAUAUUAAGCACAUUGCUUCUCUUUCCAACCUACCUGGCUGGCAUGAAAUUAAACCACAAGGAAAAGCGUGGUCCAUUCGCUAUUUAAGUGCAUAGAUGACAUGUAUUCUUUCCCCUGCCCCUGUUUCCAUACAGGUGCAUGUUAAUGGUCCAUUCUAAAUCAAAACACAUUUCAAACAUAUUAUUAUUUAGUAUAUGUAAAGACAAGAUUAAAUCAAGAAUAGUCUGAUGGGUGACAAUAUUAUCCUGUCACUUGAAUGAUAUAUUAUCACUUGAUGCCCAGCUUGUGCAGUAAGGCAAGGAACAGCACAUGCCUUUUUUUCCAACUUUUUCUAAUCAUAGUCGCACACCUCAUUUAGUCUAGCCCAUAGGCCUAUAUGUUUUAAUAAGGUUUGUAUCACACCUCAUUUAGUCUAGCCCAUAGGCCUAUAUGUUUUAAUAAGGUUUGUAUCACACCUCAUUUAGUCUAGCCCAUAGACCUAUAUGUU